CCACGCGUGUUGUUCCAACAUCUCACUCUCGCUCUGACCGACCGGCGCAUAUCCUACUUCGAUACUCAAACGUGGCGCUGGGAAAAGAGAACAAGCCGCCGCGCGGCAUGGCGCCACCCGCGAAGAACGCGACACCAGGUCGGCGCAGAAGAGCAGACAAUCAGUACUUUGAUGUUGGAAAAGUCGGAAGAAAAACGGGCAUCACACUACAAGAUACUGGCAUACGCGACGAACAUGGAUUGGAGCCGGUGUCCGGCAUAUUCUCCUCACCAGGAGAGCCUUCCCGGCAUAAUGGCGACAGGACAUUGACAAGUGAGGGCAUGGACCUGCAAGAAGGUUCCACUCCAGAUGUCACAAAAACCCUCACGCGGCGCAGAACUCCCCACUUACCACCUCCGCGACAAACGACUCCCAGGCAUACCAACAUCGGCUCUCCGAAACGCAUGUCAUCAGCGCGUCCAGGCUCGCGACACAUUCCCGACGAGGACGAAGGAAGCUCUCCCUCCGGCAACGCGCCACCCGCGAACAGACGGCUGAACUUUGCUGGAGCUACGAAUCGAAAUCGCAAGAGCAUCAGUGUUGUGGAGAGCGGCAGCCCUUUCAAGCCUCGAAAGACUUUGCGCAGAUCAACAGGGCCCGCGCGACCUGGACCAUACGAGCACGAAGACGACGACGAUGAGGAGGAAGAAGAUGUCGAGGUCGAGCGCGUCAAUGCUGGAUAUGCAGAUCAGAGCGUGGAACAUUCGAUUGAGGAAGACGGUCCCAUGAUGAUGAACGAGGAUGAUGGCUACCCAGUGGACCCAGACCAGACUGCGAUCAGUAUUGAGCAGACACAAGAUGCGCGAGAGCCGACAAAGAAGCGUGGCAGGCCACGGAAGUCUGAUCAGUCCAACAACAGUCAGAUUGAACAGUCGCCAAUCGCCGGACCUUCAAAUCACUCGAGCAAGAAACGGGACCGAGCAAGCUUGAACGAUGACAUGGACGAAAGCGCUGCAUCGCAAAGAGGAGAACUAGGUGGCUGGUCCAAGAAACCGCGAACGUCAAAUGGCGGGAAUGUUGUUGUUCAUCGCGACGGCGAACCCGAGACGAUCGAUCCGACUUUGUUAGCGCAUGGAGACGAGUACAUGGUCGAUGCCGAUGACUACCCUGGAGAACAGCCUGACAGCGAAGUGGAAGCACAGUUGGAAUCGCAACUAGCAGAGCCAGAGCCUUCUACCAAAGCAAAAGGGCGUCCUAAAGGGAAAGGGAAGGCGAAAGCGGCGGCGCCGAAGGAACGAGAUGCCAACAGAGCCAUGCAGAAGCGAGGAAGUCCUGUAAAGAUCAAUGAUUCCCCAUCGAAGAUCCGUCAGCGUGGUGGCAGCACUGGACCUAUUAGCAAUGUAAACUUGCGAGCCAUUACGCCAGCACAGGACGCUGGCCAAAUGACAUCUCGAGCGGGCAGGAAUUUGAUACAGCCUUUGAAGUUCUGGGAGAAUGAAGCUCUCAUUUGGAAGAGCGGCGAGAUCGAGGGAAUCAUUCGAGCCGAUCCUGUUGAGAAGCCAAAAUUGAAGACAAAACGCAAGCGAAAGGGCAAGGCAUCCAAGCGAUCAGGCCUUGACUCGAUCGAAGAAGAGAGCGAGACAGAAUCUAUAAUGGCAGACGAGUGGGAGGAAGAAAUUGGCGUAAUCACCGGGCAUGUUGCUAGCUGGAACCCGCUGCUCAAGAAUGGACAAGGCGAUGGUGAUGCCGACGAGCCUCUGCAAGAAGACAUUGCAUUUGCAGCUUCAUCAAUCAUCACCCGCGAUGUUCCGCAAUCGGCUUUCAAGUACGCCAAAAUCAUGACCAUGCCGUUCUUCGGCGCGGGUGUAGUAGAGCUGCCUCCCGAAGGCUUCAAACGAGCGAAGAACAGCCGUCGCAUGCAGAUGGUGUUCUUCGUGCACGAGGGCAAGGUGCUGGUAGAGGUGGGCGCUACUGGGUUGGAGGUGAACGAAUUCGCUCUCAGCAAGGGCGGUGUUUGGGUUGUUCCCAGAGGUAACAAUUACGCCAUCACGAACGAAAGCAGAACGAGGUCCGCAAAAGUCUUCUUUGCGCAGGGAUGCGUGGUCGACCAGGCGGCAGCAGAUGCGCCGGCAUGA